CUACUUGUCAUCAGCUCCACGCGCCUCAGCAACGGGCACUUUCGCAACAUCAAGGGGGUCUUCCGGGGCCCCCUGAGCAAGAGCGGGAACCGGACCCUGGAUUAUGCGGAGAAGGAGAACACCAUCGCCAAAGCGCUGGGGGACCUGAAGGCCAAUUUCUACUGUGAGCUCUGCGACAAGCAGUACCACAAGCACCAGGAGUUCGACAAUCACAUUAAUUCCUACGACCACGCGCACAAGCAGAGGCUCAAAGAACUGAAGCAAAGGGAAUUCGCUCGAAACGUAGCCUCUAAGUCCAGGAAAGAUGAAAGGAAGCAGGCAAAGGCCCUCCAGCGCCUCCACCGGCUGGCCGAGCUGAGGAAGGAAGCCGCACGUGCUCCCGGAAGCGGCCCCAUGUUCAAGUCCACGACGGUGAUGGUGGGAGACACUCGUAAUGGCCUGCCCCAGGGAGCUGUUGUGGAUUCACUUCACAGCCAGGAGGAUGUCAAGUGUCCUUUGGGUCCCAGUGAAGAGCCUGCGAAAGAGGUGAGCGCUGUGGCUGCAGACCCAGGGAGUGCACGUCAUUCUGCAAAGACGCAUCAGCUCGGGGAGCGCGCCCAGGGCGUUCACGGACACAGGACUGGCUUCUCUUUCGCGUUUCCCAAGAAAGCGUCCCUGAGGCUGGAGUCCUCGGCCGCAGCCUUCGCUGAGAGCAGCGACGAUGCCUCCCUGGACCGAGGGCUGGGUAGGCGAAGUCGGUUUGUCCCCGGUCCUUGUCCUCUGCAGCUGCCUUCACCGACAGACGUGCUCUUGAGCCCCGAGGAGAAGGCUCCCUUUCUUCCUCCACCCGAGGGCACGUGCCAUUGCACAGAAAAGGCUCCAAAGCAAGAGAUGACAGAAGUUGCUUGUGAAAAAGAUACAUUUUUAUUACCUUCCUCUUGCCAGUUUCAACUCCCUUUGUCUUCAGAUGCAGGCCAUUGCCAAAAUUCGGUGGCAUCCGCAGAUCCAGCACCCACGGAAGAUGUUGCUAUGAAUGAAGACAUAUCUGAGGGUCUUGCCGAUUCCGAGUCGUCAGGAAGUAGGGGCGCAGCUCUAGAUUGGGUUGCCGACCUCAUGGCUUUGCCAGCGGCCCCAGCGGAAAGUGCGAAGGACAAUGCAGCACCCGCCAUCGAAGCUGAAACUGAACCCCGUGGUCCUGAGAGGCUGGCGCCUUCCCUUUCUGAAGAGGGCACUGUCACUUCACGUAAAACGCCAGAUUUCUCCAAAAGGCCCUGUGAGCCCUUUGUUCCUGUGCUCAACAAAGACGGGUCCACCAUUCUUCAGUGGCCGUCGGAAAUGCUAGUUUACACAACUGCUCAGCCACCCGUUUCCUACAGCUGCAACCCUCUCUGUUUUGACUUUAAGUCCACUAAAGUGCACAACCACCUAGAGAAAAACAAGCCGCCCUUCAGUGGCCUGUGUUCCCAGCAGAAGGAAGACGUUUGCAAGAGGCCGGCUUGGGAUUGCAAGGGCAGCGCUGCCACAGGCCCCACAGGUUAUGACGGUGGAGAAAGCAGAAACGAAUCCGCCCCAGUCACUCCUCUUCUGGCUGAAGAUGCUCUCUCCAAUGGUUGUGAUUCUGGAGGAAAUGAGAAUAUAGAUCAGAGGUAUAAACAUAGUUCCUGUAGGAGCAGAAAAACAAAAAGAUACCAUUUUAUUCAAAAACAAACAAAACAGAAUACUCAUGAGAAAUGCCACAAAACAAGGUUGAAAGAUACGCAUGAACACGGGUUCCAUAAAAGUAGAAGAAAGAAAAAACGAAGGAAGUUAUGUCACCACCAUCGUGGGGAGAAAGCCAAAGAAUCAACUCCCUUCAGAACGGAGACAGGAAAUAGCUGCACCGACACAGCGAGGGAAAACCCGCUGGAAGCGAUUUCAGAAAAGCGGGAUUCAGCUGAAGAGCCACUGUUAGACGCGCAUCAACCGCCUGAUAAAGAGCCCACAUCAGCGUUUCUGUUCUUACGUGAAAAUAAAGAAACGUGGAAAACGUGGAACGCCGAAUACAAUCAUAAUGACGACAUCAGUUCUAAAAAUCACUGGACAAAGAACUCAACUGUUUUAAAUGGACAGUCCAGUCCCACAAUGAUGCAUCCUGGGAAAUGUAGUUUAACACCCUCCAGAACUUCCUGCAGUUGCAAAGCCACGGUGCCCAGCUGUGGUCAGGACCACGGAUGCGUCUUUCUUCCAAAGGCCACCAGAGGUGUGCCCCCGAAUCAGGCCGUCAAGCGAGGCUAUAAUUCUCUCAUCAGUGAAGCCGAAAGAUGUUAUCGAAAACGAAGACCACAUUCAUCUUCUCCCUCUUCGGAUGAAAGUCUAAACGCACAGCAUGCUUUACCGGGAGAAUUUGGGGCGCCACCCCGAGCUCCCGUGCCCUUCACGCCUAGAAGGAGACGGAGGAGGAAAAGAGGCCGGUUCCGCCCCAGACAUGGAGCCCUGGAGCUCAGGGAGCGAGCAGACCACCCCGGGAAGGCGGCUUCUCCCGUAGGACAGCCAGGCGGGUUGAUAAGCGCAGACACAAAAGAGGAACUAAACCCACAAGACAUGGCAAAUGUCGACCGGAGCUCAGAGCAAACAGACCCCGUAACACACAAGCUGACCUCACGCCCCAGCAGCCCCCUUCCUUCAGGAAGCGAUGGGGGAGCUGAGCGUGUGGUCGCCGAGGCCCCCUCUGGCUCGAGGCCCGAGGUGUCCGAUGAGCCCACCUCUGUCCCUGCAGCUGGCACCCCCGCAGAGGAAGACGUGGCCGGCGCCUGGCUGGGGCGCCAGGAGGGAAGCCAGACUGUGCAGAUCAGGGAAAAGCAGGUGCCUCCUGCGGAGAAGACCUGCCAGCAGCCCCCGCCCAAGGCGCUCCUUUGCCACCAGGAGCUGGAGCUGGCCCAGGCCCUCCCCCAGGGGAAGAUGGCCACGGCCGAGGCCUCCCCCGAGUGGCUGUGUCUGCCUUCAGGAAUUCUUCACGCUCACCCACCGCUGCCCUUCAAAGAAGCACAGGUCAGUGGCCACGCCUUGGUCACCACGGAGCAAAUCCUGGCUCCGCUGGCUCUGCCCGAGCAGGCGUUGCUGAUCCCCAUAGAAACCCCUGACAAAUUCAGAGCCCUCCCCAGCGAGGUCUACCAGCACCUCCUCCAGCCGGGCCUGCUGGCCCACAAGGUCAAGCUCGCCUUCCCCGCAACGGCCCUGGCCCCGCCCAGCGCGCCUCUGCAACCUCUGCCCCUGCAGCCGCCCCUAAGCUCUACCUCGGUCACCACCAUCCACCACACCGUCCUGCACCAUCAGACGGGCACCUUGAAGAUGCUUCAGCCGCACCAAGGGUUCCUGUCCCAGGUCCCGUCCCUCACCAGGACAUCCUUACCUCAAACUGCCAUCUCACGAGGACACCUGGGCACCAGGCUCUGUCCCGGGAACCCGCCCACGUUAGUCACACCUCCCCCGAUGCCCAUCAUUCCAGCCUCGGUCCUUCCUCCCAGCCCCUUGGCCUUCCCCCCUCUGCCCCAGGCCCUCUUCCCCUCCCUGCUCGCCCCCCACCCUGCCGUCAUCCCGCUCCAGCCCCUCUUCUAGUCACACCGUCAAAGGGAAAGAAAUCAGUGAAAACGGUGGCUGUGUGCGUGGGUGCUCAUCCAAGGGGGUCGCUGCCCGUUGAAUGGUGGGGAGAAGCCAGCCAAACCAUGCCUCGCGGAUAGGAAAGCCCUUACUCCAAGUCCAAGGAUGCAAAUGAGUUCUUAGUUUCCGACAUAGAAUAUCAUCAAGGCACUGAAUCGUUUCAAAUCAAUACAAUAUAUGCUGUAUAUUAAGUCGAUGUCUUAAGAGUAUGUAUAAUGUACAUAAAAUAUAUUUAUAGGGCUGUAAUGUAUGUUGUAAAGUAUGCUCUUUGGUUUUUGUUUAUUUUUUUAAUCUUUGUGUAUUUGCACCUAUUUAAUGUUUAGACAAAGCUGAUGGCACUAUGUUUUGUACCAUGUUCUCUGAAACUGGAAAUUCAGUGAAAAAUAUAUCUUGCAAUAAAUUUUUGUUAAAUAUUUAAGCAAAACAAACUUCUGUUUUUAGUUGGUUUUACUGUUUAGGGAAUGUACAGUAACAGUCGGCUUCAGACUUACACCAUGUCUUCUAUCCGUAGACAUUUCUGACCCUCACCGUUCUGCAAAGUGUCUCCAGAGUUCGAUCAGCACUUCACCUUCGACACGCUCUUUCAGAAUAAAUUUAGUGGGUCCAUCUGCUUUUCUGUUUGUUCUAAUGCUGUGAUACUCAGAGUUUUCUAAAUGUCCUGAACAACUGGCUCUCUAGACAAUAAACACGGAAAUUCAUGUGAAAAUCAUGUUGUAUUUGGAGAUAGAAUAACUCAACCUAUGCAAAGUACAUAGUAUUCUUCCUGGAACUGUACAACUAGUAGACAAAUAGUAAGUUCUUAUAACAUUUUUGUAUGUUAAAAUUUUCAGAUUCAUCCUAUUUAUUUUCCACCAUUGCAGGAAAUAUACAUAUAUAAGGAUUUUAGUAUGGCUUAAGGAAUAGAUUUAAUUCAGAAGUCACUCUCCAUUCUGUGACAUCUUGGGAAGAAUGACCUUGACACAGUCUGUCUAGAGUCUAGACUCUAGACCCUUCAUUGAGGACGUGGAGGCGGGAAGGAGCAUAAAUAAACAGUGUUUCCUUCCGCGAGGCUUGCUGGUGGUCAUGUGUGUCCUCUCUCCAAAUCGCUGGAACAAUCGCAGAGUCCUCACAACGCCCUUCCAGGUCCGCUGUGUUUCCGUGACCCCCGCAUUUGGGUUCACUAAGUGCUUCUGUGCGUCCCGAGGACUAUGGUUACUUAAUAGGAAACACCACCCUUUUGCCCAGAGAGUUUGUCCAUGUGCACCUGCCUGGUCCUUGCCCCCAGUGAGACAGCAUCUGCCUGCCUGGUAGAGUGGGUUCGCCUCCCCCAUGAGUGUAACCUCACAGUUUUUUUCUCUCUAAAGUUUGCUGUUUCUUGCUGUUUCAUUGUUAUUCGAUCAAAUAGGUUGAAUUUGCAUUCCCCAAUGCCUUCCCCUCCCCUCCGCCCACUGCAUUGUAGGCCGCAUCUCUCAUUCUUGUUUCUACUUCUUUUCCCACUCUGCUGGCUGCCCGCUGAGCCACUGUUGGGAGGGAAGGUUGCCACGGAGGAUGCUGUCCAAUAAACCGUUCACUUCCUCUCACAGAUGAUGACAGACGAAGGCUUAGGCUCACUUCUACCAUCCGCUGAGGCUCAAGGUCUCGCUUAGAGACGCAGUAACAGCUCCUCCAUGGUGUGGGGUGUUGAGCAGGAUGGAAUCUCGCCCACACCUGCCCACCCGUGGUUGUGUCCCGUGCCCACCUGGCUGCCUCGUAAGAGGGCCCAAGUCUCCUGCACACGCAGCCGUCACUGCUCACAGCCCAACGC